UAUCUCGAGGUCGGAUCGGUCGGUAUACUCACCAACUUCCACAUCGCCAACAGCCACGCAUCGCUCGGCAUUGGCAUUUUCACUGAGUUUGCGUUGGUCAAGUGGCUGGGAGGAUCCUGUAGGAACCUGAUCGCCGACACCUGGGGCUGCUGCGGUAAGGCGAUGUUCAACAUCACAAGACGGACAGAUUGCGCAUUGAGUCUAGCAAGCUAUGACCAACGGCGUGUGGACACGUUGGAUGAGCUGAAUUGAUGCUAUAUACAGUCGCCCUACGGUUUGGGUGGCUUUGUGAAUCCAUCGAUUGUCCAGGACGUCAUGGUCCGAAAUGUGACUGCCCAGACAGGCGGCUCAUUCUUCCUCAACAUCAAUGCCGAGGUGAUCUUCAACCGCCUUGAUGUCGAGGGAUCGUAUAGCACCCAAGAAGCCGGUGUGUUCUAUCUUUGGCAAGGAGACGUGAUGAAGGUCUAUAACUCAAUCUUCAACACUGUGUUGUCUGGAGGGCAAGGCGGGUUCGCAUCCAUACAGGAGCUGUCGAUUGCUACUUUCCAGAAUGUCUCGGUAUAUUCCAGCACAUCCCAAGGCGACGGCGGUGCAAUUGUCUUGACAGACUCCAACAGCACAUUGAUUGACUGUCGUUUCUUCAACACGUCGACCCUAACCGGCAUGGGAGGUGCCGUGUUUUCGUAUAUAGCCUCUCAUCCCAACCGCCCCAAUACGCUCGCCGUCAUCAACUCCACAAUCAACACGGCUUCCACCACCGAGACCGGUGGCUGUCUGGCCGUGGCAUACGGCGGCCAGCUCGUGCUCCAAGAUUCUUCUCUAAUCAAUUGUGUCGCGACAAGCGGCGGAGCCAUAGGUCUCAUUGGUACUGAUCCAGUCAGCCGAUGUAAUCUAACUUUUGCCGGCAUCAAUUGGAUCGAAGGCACGACAGCAAACAAUGGCGGAGCGCUCUAUGUCAAAGGCACAGGCGUUAUAACCUUUCUGCCUGGCGGCAGCACGACGUCGAUUGCCUCAAAUGCCAGUGCCAACGGUGGCUUUAUCUUCCUUGGUGGCCAAACAUCCCUCAUCAUCAACCAUCCAGUUUAUUUUGGCGGCAAUGUUGCUGAGCUCGGCAGCGCGUUCUAUAUCGUUCAAGGAAUGGAUCUGACGAUCAGCCAUCCGCAAGACAACUUGCGCGGCUCUGGCGAUUUUUUUGUUGUGAAUCUCCCGUUUGCGCUCAGCUUCCAGCAGCAUCCUGCAUACAGCUUUCUCUCAUCCGAGCUCGAUAUGAAAUCGGAGCCGAUGUAUCUGAGGACGUCAAACCAGAACUGGACAACCCCCUUGCAGAGUAUCGGGCUGAGCUCAUUGAUUCCAUGGUUUGCAGUCGAAGCCAUAGACGCCUUCGGAAACGUUGCAGAUACAAACUUGGCUGCGCCUGUCAUCAUGGUUAUCCGUGCGACCAAUGGCUCGUCCUGGGUCAACUCCAAUUCAAAUUUGACCGUGCCGCUGUCUGGCGAAACUACCAAGGCCAUCCUUACGUCGUCCAAGUUGGUCAACUUCACCGAUCUGGCGAUCCAAUCCGGCAUCGGAAACUACAGUAUCAUCGCAGCACUAAUAUCUGGUAUUGUUCCCAUCAACGGUGUUGAGUCAUGGCCACUUUUCAAUGUCACGGUCGAUCACGUGUGCGAGGCUGGAUAUGGAAUGGUGGCGUCAGGAAUAUCCCAGAAUUGCGUACUCUGCAGCAAGGGAACAUACUCGAUCGCGGCCACCAAGCAGCCGUGCUUGGCGUGCCCAGAUGGCGCUGUCUGCCUUGGUGGAUCCGGCAUCAAAGCCAUGGCAGGCUACUAUCAGUCGAUGGACAGUCGUGGGCAACCGUACUUUCAACUUUGUCCACUCCCUCAGUCGUGCUGUGUUAGCGGGGGUUGCGCUCGAUCGGAUUCGGACGUCUGCUCGGCGAAUAUGGCCGGAUUCCUGUGUGCGGAUUGUGUGGCGUCUAGCUACUAUUGGGGAUACAAAUGUGUUCCAUACAACCCAGAAGAAUCUAUACACUACGCGGUGUAUAUUGUCUUGGGAUCGAUUGGCUACAUCAUCUGUACCAUUCUGGUUCCUCCAAAGCCCCUGCGAUGGAUCAACGACAUCUGGUUUUUCCUUCAGGCGUGCUCAUUGAUGUCAUAUGGAUCCGAUGACUGGAUGACCUAUUUGCACAUAUUUCGUUUCGAUCUGGACUUUCCGGCAUCGGCAGCUCUUGUGCCCUUGUCUGGCUCUCUCAAGGGGAUGUUCAAGUACACAUGGGUCGCUCUGCUUCUUGGCCUCGUCGUGUUCCUUAACUUGUUUGUGCAAGUAGUCGAUGUGCUUGUUCCCGGCAUAGCGACCACACCACGCUUCUGGUGCCACGGACGAUCUAUAAAAUCCGCCCUUCGGUGGAGUACCCUGCAUCUGGUCGAAAUUUCAUUCGUCCCCUUGAUAGCAAUGUCGCUUUGGAUAGUGAACUGCGUGUCAGUGACGCUUCCGAACGGGAAUCGAUCGCUGUUUAUGCGCUCAAGCCCAUCGGAACAGUGCUUUACGGGAAGCCACGUCACAGCCUCAGCCAUCGCAAUCACAGUCCUUGCAAUCACCAUCAUCGUCUACCCUCUUCUGAUAUGGUUCAUCGGAAGAACUUCGAUGAGGCUGCGCCUGCAACAGGCCGGGGCGCAAGCAAGCUUCACCAACGCAGCUUCGUUUCUGGAUUUGAUAUACUACAUGUUUUUUUCAGAGCUACGGGCGAAACAUGCCUGGAUCUUUGUUUACAGUCACUUUACCAGAGCCAUUCUGAUUACGAUUGCGUCUACUGCGACCAGCAAUGCCUAUCAAACUAGCGUGAUACUGUUCAUCAACAGCUUUGUUCUGCUGGUUCCGUACGUUGUACUCAGCCCCUUUGCAGUCUCGACAAGGAACCUGUUGAAAGAAGCCAUCCUGAUGAGUCUAUGUGCCGUCGGGCUCCUGAGAUCAUGUUCAUCAAUCAUCCAGUUCUAUGCGCAAAACUUGGAGGACCUCGACGACUUCCUCAGCAUGUUCUCAGUCGACAACAUCCAAAUAUUUGUGCUCAUAUUCAUGGCGGCGCCUUUUUGUACGCUAUUCUCAAUCCAAUUUCUGGACUCACGGGCGGGCAAAGCGCUGGUGGCAAAACUCAAGGCUGGUCAAGACGAUAGGAGCGAUGAGCACUCCAUUAGCAAGUCUGGCGUCGGUAGGAGACUGGACGAUAUCGACAAGGACCGAUGUAACUUGAAGGAUCCUAAAAAAGCGACAAGCUUGGAUGUACCGGCGCUCACAGCGCAUGCCGAGACGAUUGAGCGGCGCUUGAGCACACGCAAAAUCAAGAUUAGGGAUGCGGAUCCCCGUAGACGCAGCGAGUGAGAUGCACCCGCAAGAGUCCGACUCUGAAUACGGUCGAUCCCGAAGAUGCGUCACGCCCUAGAACUGAGCCGAUGGCUAUUCGAUGUGAAGCACACUGCAUCGUGGCUCAGUUCAAAUGAGAAUUAUAGUGCUAAUACACUGC